UCCACAUAACUUCCAUUACAUGGUUAUUUUUCACGUAUUCAUCCAGCACUUCGACGCUGUAACGCUGACUAAGUUUGGCAUUAAACAGAAGCAUUGACGCAGUGCAAUUCUUCCAGUGUUUACUCCUAUUGUUGUUCAUACUACAAAUACCCAGUGACUUGCAAUUAUUUUGUCAUUCUCUUACGACUUGUGGGAACCAAUUUUGGUGGUGAUAUUUGCGCUUUAAACAUCAUUAUUAUUAUAAUAUGACCAAGCCUAAAACGAAAUCUCUAAACACGUUGUUGUUUAGUGUUUUGUUGAUACUUUAUGUCAAGGCACAAAACACCAUCAACGAAAAGCAUGCAGUUGUAUUAGACGAAGAAUAUGAAGUCUUGUUAAAGUGGCGAAUUGAUGGAGACGAUAUCUUCAUUGAAAUGAGUGCUAAGACUCAGGGAUACGUUGCUAUUGGAUUUUCUCCAAAUGGUGGAAUGCCUGGCUCUGACAUUGUAGCUGGAUGGGUAAAAGACGGCAAAGCAUUUUUAUCUGAUCGUCACGCCAUAACAUACUCCAAGCCGAAUAUCGACUCCUCUGAAGAUUACGAACUUUUAUACGGAUACGAAAACGGAGGCAAAACAACAAUCGGUUUCAAACGCAAGCUGGAAACGUGUGAUACUAAUGACUACACUAUCACAACUGACACAGCAAGAAUUAUUUGGGCUUUGAACGAUAAUGAUCCUGCUAACCAAGACGAUCUUAUGUACCAUCUCACCUCUCGUGGAGUACGCUCCGUCCUGCUCCUCAAUGCGAAACGAAAACUAAGGGAGCUACCAGCAGAUGCCGGCUUCUUUGAUAUAAACAUGCCCAAUGUUACAGUACCGGAUGACGAGGAUACAACAUACUGGUGUACGGCGUUUGAAGUACCUCAAUUCGAACGACCUGUGCACGUAAUCCGAUACGAUGCUCUUGUUCAAGAGGGUCAUGAAGCUGUCGUACAUCACAUGCUCGUGUAUGGUUGCCGUGGUAAUCUCUCGACCGUUCGUGGUUGGUCAGAUAUUUGUGAAAGGGAAAACAUGCCUCCUGAUCUAUCCAACUGUUGGACAGUAAUAUACGCAUGGGCAAUAGGUGGUGGGUCGUUCGAGUUUCCAGACCACGCUGGUUUCCCACUUGGCGGAGAGAAUGAUCCAACAUUCCUGUACAUCGAAAUGCAUUACGACAAUCCCGCAUUUUCCUCUGGUAAAGAAAAUGGCUUGUCUGAAGACGUCUACGUGUUUGCAGUUAUGCUCCAUGGUCACAUUGCAGCUCAGCAAAUUACUCUCCAGCAGUAUCGUGACGGCAAGCUGAUCGACGAAAUUAGAGAUGAUAACUAUGAUUUCAACCUACAAGAAACACGUGUAGUAGUACCAGAGAGAACAUUCAAACCGGGCGAUGCCUAUGUAGUGACGUGUACGUACAACACAGUUGGUAGAGAAAACAUUACUGUGGGAGGUGAGGGCACGAGCGAAGAGAUGUGUGUAGUAUUCUUGUUUUACUAUCCAAGCCAACCUGAUCUCGCAUACUGCCUUUCCGCAUCGAGUUUUGAGAGUAUCUUUGAAACUUUUGAAAUUCCCUACAACACGGAUGCGGAGGAGGAAAUUUUUGGGUAUACUUACCGAUACCUAACGACACAGGUGAAUUCAGAAAACUUGAGGAAUGGUCUUAGGGUAAUCUCGAACACAGGAAAACGUUACAACUACUGCUACAACGAUCGUAACCAAUAUAUU